CGGAGGGAUCGCUGCAGUAACGCCUGCACUGGAGCAGGGCGGCCCCGCUGCACAGGCGCUGCAGCCCGCUCUCAGCGGCAGCGCUGGGCGAAGCGGCGGCGGCGGCGGCGGAGGAGGAGGAGGCGACCCCCCGGGCCAGGAGCUCACCGAAAUACCGGUAUAAAUGUUGAAAGAGGUUCAUUGUGUAUCCAAAUAUUUGGAAGGAUUGAAGAGCCCGCCAUCACACAAUGGCCAGUAAUAGAAAAACAGUUCACAUUUUCCUCGGAGCACCAGUUAUUCCAGCAAAGCAGCAAAGUUCAGCACAGAAUAUAACUGGGGACAGCUUGGAAAAGUGGCAUCAGUGCCAUGUUAGGUAUGAUAAAGAAUCUCUCACUAUUGCUCCUAGAGAUUGUGGAGCCAAGGACUUUGGGCAACAUCUGAAUGGCCAUGAAGGAAUGCUGCUCAAGGACAAUGAAGAAUCUUCCAUCGUAGGGUACAGAAGUGGUGUAGGCUAUGGGACAACCUCUAAGGAAUGGUCGUUUCAGAUCUGUGGUCCUACUUGGCAGAAACAAGGAGGGAACAUCCAGUCUAGUACCAGACAGAUGGGUGACCAGCACCACAGGGCAUUAAAUAAUCAAGAACAUUCUGAAAGAGAUUUCAAAAUAAUCGAAGAGCAUAAGAUGAACCCUACUCGCACAGGAGAAAGGUUCGAAAGAUCUGCAGGAUGGUAUCACCAGCUCAUCAACAGGCAAAAUAUUCAGGGUAGUAGGGGAUCCGGGAAGCUCCUGCAGCCUGUGGCUACUGAGGAAAUGGACGAAGAUCACCCAGAUUCUACUAACAGGAUAGAGGAACAGAAUGCUAUUUUGCCACAAGACUCAUCUCUUGUAGAUUGCUCAAAAUUGCUUCAGGCUUCUCUCGUGGAAUACUUACAAAGCAGUUUUCCAGAAGAAGCCAAGGCCCCAACAAGUUGUGCAGAGUCUCUCAGCAUGCUGCCUGCUAGACAGGGUGCUAUUCUCUCACAGAAAUGCUCUAACAACCAUCUCAACACCCAGGGAGCUCGUGGAAAUGAACCGUCACAAAUGGAAAAAAACAUGAAGCCUGCUGAAGUCUCCCGUCAACCCUUUGCAUCGAAGCAUAGUCCUGAUAUGCUGUCCAGAUCGUGUGCCAUUGAAUCAGAAUGCAGGCUCAUUGACAUUUCAGAUAAUACCGCAGAACUCUUCAGCUCAUUAAGUGAACAGAAGCCAUUGCCCACCGAUGAAAUGAUAUGUAGGCAUGAAAGAAUAUCAGAAGGUUCAGAGCUGCUCUUCAGCCCCUUUAAUGACUGGUCCAAAGGUAAUAGUGAGGUUAAUAUUGAAUUGUACAGCGGAGGAAUCCUGUGCUCCCAGAUUUCAAACAGCGCUCAGCAGUCUUUCAAAAGAUCAAGAGUGGCUGAUAAUGAACGUGAGGAACUAUGCCAUACUCUAAUAAAACCUUCAGUUUAUGCACUUAAAGAAUUGCCAGCAUCCAAGAGAAUGAAAGAGAAUGACUCUGAGAGAAUUUCUGAUCUUGGACACUAUCUGAAGGCAAAACAGGACACACAGCAAACGUCCAGAGUUGGCUAUGUAAAAACAGAACGGCUCGGAAACUGCACUGACGGAGGUAGGAAGUACCACCUCUUAGUAGCAGUCCUACACCGCUGCCAAGUGAAGGAGAUAGUAAUCAAAUCGGGACCAUUUGCUCGAAACAGAGUUCCUAUAGCGACUAUUGUAGUCACAGACAAAUCAGGGGCCAACCGGAAGAUUGUCUUGUGGCGUGCCACUGCUUUCUGGGCACUGAUAGUCUUUCCAGGGGAUAUUCUAAUAAUAACAGAUGUCACUUUAUACAGAGAUCACUGGCGGGGAGAGGAAAUGCUGCAGGCUACCCAAAGGAGUAAAAUGAUCAAUUUGGGACCCUGCCUCCUAGUUCAGCCAGCACAGUGGUCUCACACAGUGAGCGCUGCUGCCCUGGAGGAGCUCAUUGUCUGGAUUACUGGACAAAAGUCUUACCUUCUGAGUAUGGGAUCCAGAAACCAUCAGCAUCUUGCCUCUAAACAAUAUGCGAGCCUAGAUAAACUGCACCCAGAUGUGGUGGUCCAUGCGCUUCUGAGAGUCGUCCUCAUCACCGUUCUCUCAGAGACUGCGUACUUGUAUGGUGGAAAGGAGCAGCAGAAAGUGUUGCUGGAGGUGGAACAAGUCAAAGGUCAACAAGCCCCACUGAUACUUUGGGGAAAUUCAAUAUCCUGGCGUGCUCAGAUUCAGAAGAAACAAGAUCAUGUUUGGAGCUUUAGAAACCUGCUAGUCUGUCAGAAUGCCAUCACAGGGGACCUAGAACUGCACAGUACUCCUUGGUCAUCUUGUGAGUGCCUGUUCGAUGAUGAUGAAAGAGCAAUUGAGUACAUGACAAAAUACCACUCGGGUGAGACAGCUUCUGUCAAAACCAUGGCCCUUUCAACCCUGUUGAGUACGAGAUACUCAGGAGACAUUCAAUUCAAGGCCCACAUUGUUGGCAUUCAGUGGAAUGGUUCUUGUACACGGAGUUCCUUGUUCAACAUGGAUGCCCUGACACCACUGGAGACUGUCCUAUCCUCUCUAUCCCAUUUUACAUACUCAGGCUGUGGAAAAUGUGGCUCUGAGCUGGGACUGGAUGACAACAAUGUGUACCAGCAGUGCAUUCCAUGCUUACCAUACAACACUGUGCAGAUCUAUUACAGGCCCACCACCCUUGUGGUUACAGAUGAAGAUUCCAUGAUUGAUGUCCACGUCUCAUCCAAAAUCAUGGAAAAGAUCUUUCACCACAUCCCUCCUGGACGGCUCUGCAAAGUCCAAGGUCCAUCUGAGAAGGUGUCAUAUGGGAUGGUCAUAGCAGAGCUAUGCUGCUCCCUGUUUGGUGACUCUAACGACCGCUGCUUGCUGACUGUACAGAGCCAAUUCGACCUUGAUGAAAACAGCGUCUCCAUGAAACAGGAUUUCUACUUGUUGGACUUCCACCCAAACGUUUAACCUAUGAUCUGGUUAGAAACUCAAAGCUACCACUGGAGCCUGCACAUGGUGCUUGGGAGGGAAAGUGGGCAUCAUUUAAAUUCAGCUUCAUGAGUCACAUCAAUUAUUAAUAAAUAAAUAAAUCUGCCUUCAAAAAA